ACGCAACAAGCGCACACUUGGCCUUUCUAGAACUUUCCACAGCUUUCUGGUCCAUGCUGAUGAAGAUUUCCAGAUUAAUCUGCCCUCGCCGGGAGUCUUAUUUCCAUGCCAAGCUCCGCAUAUUGAUCAAUCAAUCAUUCGCGCGACGUCCUAAGUGCUUCGAAUUUCCCUGAGAAUAAAACGCAAGGGAAAAGGCAAGAUUGAAAACGUGAAUAAGAGAAAGAGAUCGGAGGUUGAAGAAGAGAUGGGGGUAGACUACUACAAGAUAUUGGGUGUCGAUAAGAACGCCAAAGACGAUGACUUGAAGAAGGCUUAUAGAAAGCUCGCUAUGAAGUGGCACCCCGAUAAGAAUCCCAAUAACAAGCGAGAUGCUGAAGCCAAGUUCAAACAGAUCUCCGAAGCUUAUGAUGUUCUAAGUGAUCCUCAGAAAAGGACUGUUUACGAUCAGUAUGGUGAAGAGGGACUCAAAGGUGGUGUACCCCCGCCAGGUGCUGCCGGUCCUGGUGGUGGUGCCUCAUUCUUCUCCACCGGAGAUGGGCCCACCACAUUCAGAUUCAACCCUAGGAGUGCUGAUGACAUAUUUGCGGAGUUUUUUGGGAACUCUAGCCCAUUCGGAGGAAUGGGAGGUGGCCCUGGAAUGAGUCAAUCAAGGUUCGGAAGUAUGUUUGGGGAUAACAUAUUUUCCUCCUUUGGUGGGGACGGUGGUGUACCCAUGCACCAAUCAGUGCAGAGGAAAGCACCUCAGAUUGAACAGACUUUGCCCUGCAGUCUUGAAGAUCUCUACAAGGGCACCACCAAGAAAAUGAAGAUUUCUAGAGAGAUUGCCGAUGCUAGUGGAAAAACAAUGCCUGUGGAAGAGAUUCUAACCAUAAACAUCAAACCAGGGUGGAAGAAAGGAACAAAGAUCACCUUCCCUGAGAAAGGAAAUGAGCAACCAGGCAUUACCCCAGCAGAUCUUGUCUUCAUAAUUGACGAGAAACCUCAUAAGGUAUUCACACGUGAUGGAAACGAUUUGGUUUUCACUCAAAAGAUAACUCUUGCAGAGGCGUUGACUGGCUACACUGUCCAUCUCACCACUCUGGAUGGCAGGAACCUAACCAUCCCUAUCAACACGCCAAUUCAACCUAAUUACGAGGAAAUUGUCCCUAGGGAAGGUAUGCCCAUCCCUAAAGAUCCAUCGAGGAAGGGAAACUUGAGAAUUAAGUUUGACAUCAAGUUUCCUACUAGGCUGAAUGCUAGUCAGAAAGGUGGGAUUAAAGAACUGUUAGGUUCUUCUUCUGUCUGAGAAUGAUGGCAGAUCCCAUGAGAUUAUAUGUACCAUUAGAGUAGGAGAGUGGUUGUUUUCUUGCACUGUGUUUGUUUGAAAGAUUUAUGGAGCAUUCAAGUUUUCUAUCCACUUUACUUAAUUUUCAAGUACAGUGUUCACAAGCUUCUCCAUUCUUCAUCUUUGAGAUGAAAUAAUUAUAGAAGCAAUAAUAAGAACAGAUUAAUUUUGCAAAAAAAAUCUGCUUUAGUUUUCAGUAUUGUAUUACUGUAUUAUAGGAGUUCAUUGUUGUACUAUUAGUCUGAGAAUAUUCCUUUUUAUUUCAUUCUUUUUUUUUCCAA